AUGCUCUCGCCGACAACCACCGGCGACUCAACGACGGUCACGGCGCCUCUCGAAGACCCCGAGACCUCCGGUUCGGGCUUGCAGUCUCAGUCUGAAUCUCAGACUCAGACUCAAUCUCAGACUCAGUCUCAAUCUCACACUCAGUCUCAACCUCACUCUCAUUCUCAAUCUCACUCUCAUCUUCAAACUCACUCUCACUCUUACUCUCACUCCCACUCUCACCUCACACCGGGGACGCCAACGCCCUCAACCUGGGGCCUCGGCGCCCCGACGCCCUCGCAGCACCUCUCCUCCGAGGCCUCGACGUCGCCGGCCGAGUCGUGGCGGCUGGACGAGUUCGUCACGGACCCCGGCUACCUGGCCUACCAGGAGGAGCUGCGAUGCCUCAUCUUCAACACGGCCCAGACGGCCGCCCCGACGCGGGAGGGCACGCCCGAGGCCGCCGACGGGGGCUUCUCGGCUGGCGGCUUCGCGGCCCCGGGGACCAUCUUGGGUGACGAGGGCACCGCGCGGCGGCAGGCCGGCCAGAUCCUUGGGACGGGCCGGAGGCUGGAGUAUCUCAAGAACUACGUCGGCGAGGUUGCGCCCUGGCUCGACAUGUUCGACAGCGACCGCGCGUUCGGCAUCCAAGUGCCCGUCCUGGCCCGCGGCUCGCCGGCGCUCCUCUACGCCGUCCUCGCCCUCUCGGCGCGCCAGAUGGAGCGCAAGGAGGCGGGCAAGCAGACCUCUUUCGACAGCCUCGAGCUGUACCAGGAGGCCAUCCGGCUGCUGACGCCGCUGCUGCAGUCCCGCGACCAGAAGAUCAUCCCCAUCUGCACGAUCCUGUGCUGCCUCGAGAUGAUGUCGGCCAGCGCGCAGGACUGGCGGAAGCACCUCGAGGGGUGCGCCGCGCUGUUCGACUCGUUCUACGUCCACGGCUUCAGCGGCGGGCUGUUGCAGGCCGUGUUUUGGUGUUAUGCCAGGAUGGAUCUCUGCGGCGCCCUCAUCUCGGACGGCACCGAGAGCACCCUCCUCACGCCGUCCAAGUGGCUACCGAGCGGCGCCUCCCACAACGAGGCCCGUGAGCUCUUCGGCCAGUCCGGCACCCCGGACAUGCACGCCAACUACGCCGUCUACCUCUGCGCCAAGGUCUGCGAGCUCGUGGCCGACAGGACGCGCCACUUGGAGCUCGGCGACCCGGACGGCAGCAGCCCCGAGGAGCUGACGGACCGCUGGGUCCGGCUCUGGGAGGACCUCCAGGCGUGGACGAGGGACCGGCCCCCGGAGCUGCUGCCCGUCCAGAGCAUCCCGGGCAGCCCGUUCCCGCAGAUCCUCUUCCUGCACUGGGCGGCCAUCUCGUCGAACCAGCUGUACCACACGGCCUGCACGCUGCUCCUCGGAUCGAUGCCGCGGCCGCCUCUUCCCCUGAACCUCAAGUUGGGCGGCGGCGGAGGCGGCGUCACGGCGGGCUCGGCCGUCUGGCACGCCAAGCGCAUCUGCGGCAUCUCGCUCGCGAACCCGCACCAGGGCUGCCUCAACAACGCCAUCCAGCCGCUGUGGGUUGCCGGCCGGCUGCUGAGCCACCGGUCGGAGCACGCGCUGCUGGUGCGGCUCAUCCGCAGCAUCGAGGCCGUCACGGGAUGGGGCACCUGUUGGAGGAUCGACGACCUCGAGGCCGCCUGGGGGUACAAGGUCCGCAAGGAGCUGAGGGCCGGGUGA